GGGCAUGGAGGAAAACUGCACAAGUCUGUCCAGAAAAGAGAAAGAUGUGAAAAUCUGUGAUCAUUUUUAUACAGCCUCUCAGAAACUAGUGCCUUUGGCUGCACCGUACAGUACUGAUUUAAAGUUAUGGGUAAAGGCACGCUUCAGUGGGAAAGCAGUUAUCAGUAAAGACAAAACCAAGCAUGACAAAUUACCAAUGCCUGCACUGUUACAAAUCCCUUUCUAAUACAUUACUGAAACUGCAAUUAACAAAUGUUUAAAACCUAAGAUUUAAACAUCCUGUCGUGGAUGUGACAAUUUUAUUUUUUUUUUAAGAAUCUCUGGAUCACUAAUACAGCUAAUGGGAAAUGUAUUAGAUAUUCCUUAAAGCAGUACGUUUCAAUGCACUUUGUCUCAAAUCACAUGUCUUUAGCUGUAUUAGCUAGAUGCAUUUAUGUGCAUUUUGUAUGCAUUUGGCAAACAUUAAUUAAUGCAAAAGAAUUACCUUUAUUUCAGUUUGCCAGUUCUGCAGUGCCCAGCCGGAAGAGCCUAGCAAGCACACAGGUGGCAAGGAUCCAGAGAGACAGAGAUUUCCUCAGAUGUGCAUACUGCUCUGCACCUCGCCUGUCUGACCCCUCGGCUCACUUCUGCCAGGAAUGUGGCUCUCCUAUCCCACCCAUGUCAGUGCGCCGCUUCCCAUCCCCUGAAGGAGCACAGAUGGCACCAUGUCUUGAAUGCAAACAUCUCGUGCCAAUGAAUACGCCCACCUGCAUUGUGUGUGAGUCACCAAUAGAUCCACAACUGCAGCCCCAAACCAACACCUGCUUUAAGGGCAAAGUAAUUUGUCAGGCAUGUGGCACAGGAAAUCCUCUUCACCUUAAACAUUGCGUGACCUGUGAAAGCAAACUGCCUGAAACACAGAUGCCCACGUUGGGAAGAGAUCCUCCCCCACCUUACACCAGUCAGCAAGGGAAGACAGUAUUCUGCUCAAAAUGCAAUCGUGUGAACCACUGUGAUGCACGUUUUUGUGACUGGUGUGGAGCCAAGCCUGACCCUCCGCCAUGCUACUUUACUUGUUACAAGUGUGGUACAAAAACUCGUCCAUAUGCUCGGUUCUGUGGGUCCUGUGGUGUUUACAUAGAGCCCCCAUCAAGGUUGAGUUCUCAAAAUGGAGUUCACAUGGAUUCUGGAGACUCGCUGAGAUUUUCUGAGCCUAAAUCACUUCAAGCUCAAAUUGCCUGGCAGCCUCUUCCUAUUUCCUUCUCCAAAUCGAGAACAGAACUAAAAGAAACAGAAGAUAAAGGAACCCAAACCGUUGGACUUUUUUACCCAUCUAGCAAACUGCUGGAAAAGAAGGAACUUGAGCUGGUUUUACACAAGGAAAAGCUGCAAAAGAUGAGUGAUCAUAAGCCUCUCCUGACAGCUAUAAGUCCUGGAAAAGGCUACUGGAGAAAACAGCUGGAUCACAUUUGUGCUCACCUUAGAAGCUAUGCUCAGAACAACCUUGAAUUCAGAGCACUGGUUGGAGAACCUCGAAUGGGAAAGAUUACUUCUGCUGCCCUCCAUGAGAACGACCAUCAAGUCACUAUUAUGUUAAAUUAUGCUCUUGCUAUUAACAAGGGUGUUCAUACCAAACCAGUCAAGUUCAAUAAUCAUUACCUGACCAGCGUAACAGAGGGCAGAGAUGAACAGGAUGGCAGUCAGCCUAGUUCUGGCAAAGAAGAUCAUAAUCUUUCAUAUUCAAGAGGCAAAAUAAAGAGAACAAAAUCAAGAACACUCACAGAAAAAGAAGAUAAUCUCCUGUCAGAGUCCCAGCAACUACUGGAUGAACUGGGUACAAAUGGGAAAGGAAGAAUCACCUUGAUAGAACAGUUGCUUAGUGAAGGAGCUGACCCAAACUGCACCAACACUGAGGACCGACCUGCUCUGACGGUGGCUGUCCUUAACAGGCAUGCAGAAGUGAUCUCUCUUCUUGUACAGAAAGGUGCUGACAUUGACCAGCAGUCAGGACUGGUUUCCUUAGCAAAGAAGUACAUUGCUGACUCCUUCCCUGCAGGCACAACAACACCGCUCUGCAUGAGGCAGUUCUGCUUGGACUGGAGGGAAAGGAAUGUAUCCGAGCCCUGUUACGCUGCAACGCAAGUAUUAAAAAGAAGAAUACAAAAGGACAAUCGGCAUAUGAUUUGGCUGUUACAGCUGGAAGUAACGAAAUUAUUUCAUUGUUUGCAAGUGAGCUUGGACAGGGAAUGUUGGAUAGCCUCACAAAACCAAGGGAUAUUGGUCUUGUCAGCAUUUGAUUACAACUGCCUUUUCUCCAAGAUGGAGCUCAAGGUUCUCCGAAUUCAAGAGAACUUAAACUUGCACAUCCAGUUCAGUUUGGCCUGCAGACUUUGCUGAAUCAUACAAUAAACUGAUUAUUUUGUAAAAUAUUCUCCCACUUACUCCCAGCAGUUCAGAACAUAAUUCUUCACUGUCUGUGCACUGGUGAAAUUUCCUUCCCUAACUUACACAAGGAGAAUGACCAACCUUGUCUUACAAGGCACAGCAACAUUUCAAGGCAACCUGGUAAAUGCUCCUAAAGACAAUCUGACACCUGAGCAACAGCACUGCAAGCUGGGCUUUGAUACCAUUAUUUUUCCAUUGUGAAGUUAAAAUUGCAUUCAGUUUGCUGCAUUGCCUUCCUCUUUUACUUAUAAAUGCUUCUACAUGAGACAACAGCCAAAUCUAACAAAAACUUGUAAGGAUACUAAGCACACUAUGGUUUGGUAUUACUAGACAUUAUUAGCCACCACAAUCAUAUGUCCCUAAAGGAGUUUCAAUCCUUUUUAUUUCUAAAAGUAACCAUAAGUACCAGUAGCAUUCAGUACAAAAAUGGAAAGGUCUGCUAGCUCUCAUAAGUUUUUGCAGCAGGGCUACCAGCACUUCUCAAAUGGGAAGAACUGAGUUUACAAAACAGAAUUUAAAAAAGAACAAAUAAAAGCACCAGUAAUGG